AUGUCUGCUCACGAACCGCACGAUGAGGACAACAAUGUCCCCGAAGACGACGACGAGAUGUUCAACCCUGACGACAUGGAGGAGGAAUUCGAGGGCGAGGGAGAGGACAUGCCCAUGUCCGAUGAUGAAGAAGGAGGAGCCAUGGAGGAGAUUAUGCUGCAAAACGACAGCAUUGCACACUUUGACGGGCACAAGGACAGCAUUUUCUGCAUCGCACAACACCCAACGCAUCCACAACUUGUCGCAACCGGCGGCGGCGACGAUGUAGCCUACCUCUGGGACUGCUCUCCACCGCAAGCCCCUGUCCUACCUGCCUCGUACGAGAGCAACCCUCAGCCCGUCGAACGCCACAGCCAGGAACCCUACGUCAAGCUCGAGGGCCACACUGACUCGGUCAACGCACUUGCUUUCUCACUGCCUGACGGCAAGUUUGUCGCUACUGCUGGUCUGGACGGCAGACUCAAUGUCUACCGCACACCGCAACAACCACAAGCUGAGCCUGCAAAGGCUUUUGCCUCUGCCGCCGAGGUCGAGGAGAUCAACUGGCUGUCGCCCUGCCCUAACCCUACAUACCCCAACACCUUCGCUCUCGGCGCCAAUGACGGCAGUGUCUGGGUCUACACUGUCAACGAGCAGGAUGCCGCGUCGCCGCUCACAAUCGUGCAAGCAUUCUACCUUCACACUGCUUCGUGUACUGCUGGUGCAUGGACGCCCGACGGCAAGCUUUUGUGCACUGUUUCUGAGGACUCGAGCUUGUACGUCUGGGACGUGUUUGGUGAUGCCGCAGCCGCUGGUCUUGCAAACCCUUCUGGUCAGGCUGUUGUUGGUCUGACUGGAGAUGACGAGCGUUUCCUUGUCGAUGGUGGUCUGUACAGUGUGGCUGUCUCACCUGGCGGUGCUCUUGUCGCUGUAGGAGGUGCCGAGGGUCAGAUCCGCGUGGUUGGUCUGCCUCGUCUCUCUAUGCCUGCAGGCCAAUCUGUCACUUCGGGAGCAAAGGGUGCUGGCGCUCGUGGCAAGGCUGGUGGUGGCAAGCAAUCUGGCGGUCCUCGUGGCGGUCAAUCAAGCGCUGCAGCUGGACAAUCUGGUGUCAUUCUCGCCUCGCUCGCUGCCCAAUCUGAUGGUAUCGAGACUCUGUCAUUCGCACAACCACCGUUGACUCUUCUGGCUGCCGGUAGUGUGGACGGCAGUAUCGCCCUCUUCGACGUCGCACACAACUUUGCCAUUCGCAGACACAUCAAGGACGCACAUGAGGAGGAGGCAGUCAUCAAGGUCGAAUUCGUCAAUGCAGGACAAGGUGGAAACAACUGGAUGCUCACAUCUUGCGGCAACGAUGGUGUUGUGAGGAGAUGGGACGUCAGAGGUGGUACUGCCGCUGCUAACGGCGGUUUGAGUGGAGAGUGGAGAGGCCACAGAGGUGGCGGUGAGGGCGGUGGUGUUAUGGGCUUUGUUCAGGGUGGCGGUGGUAGAGCUAUUGUUACCGCUGGUGAUGACAGCGUUUCGCUCGUCUUCAAUGCACCUCCGCAAUAA